AUGCAAAAUCAACUUAACCGUUCUAAUUCCUUAAGAAGAAGCUAUGAAGUUGGCCAUGGAAUUGAUGUCAACAAUCGUGGAUCGAAUCAGCACAAUGUGGCUCUUAAUGUUGCAAGUAGUAAUACGGAAACUAUUCCAAUCUUUAUAGGGGAAUCCUCUAAUUCAACAAGGAAUCAGAAUUACUUCAGUGUUCAGCAGUUGCUCAAUAGAGAUGAGUAUGAUCAUAUGAGGAAUGGGCAUUUUGCUUUUCGAGGAGCUGGUUCAAGCAAUUUCCCUCGGGAUGUAGACAUGAAUGAAACUCCUGAAGGUAAUGGAGUCAGCGGAUAUCAUGACUGGGGGAGAGAACUAUCCUUACGUCCAUUUAAUUCAGGUGGCUUAGGAUCCGCCAUAAGCCCUUCUGGCACACCAGUAAUAUCUUCUGGAAUUCCAGGAUAUGUGGUAGAAGAAAAUAAUGUUAGGGAGGUUCUAUCAAGUGAUGGUGGGCGUCUAUCCCGCAAAAGAGGAGCACCUGAAUAUGUUUUAGGUGAAUUGUUUACAGGAGAUGGUUCAACCUAUGGACAGAGAGCUGGAGAUCAUCCUAGUGAACAACUUGCUUCAAAUGGCCUAGCCUAUCUCAAUCAUGGCAGGUUAAAUUCAACAGGCUCCUGGAAUAAUCACCUUAUGAAUGCUAGUCACUCAGCAUCGUCCACUGUUAUAUUUGGGGUUGACCUGCAAGCUGCAAGCUCAUCUCCACAACUAAACUCACGUCUGGUAGCAGGAAGUCCACUGGUUUUGGGGCAAGCACUUGGUCCACACCAAGCUUCAAGUGCGGCAAGGCAAAUGCAUAUCUUCGAGAGAAAUACUCGAUUGAGAACUGAAAACCAACAAGAUGUUGUACCUGAGGCAUCAUCAGCUCAAACAGUAGGCAACCCUAUCCGAUUAUCAUAUCAACUGGAUUUCGUUCAUCCAUGCGAUCAAGUUCUUAAUGAAAUCUCAGAACCUCAGGUUCCUGCUAAUGAAACUUUGGCAGCACAACUGCCUAUCGUGGAGACCCAAAAUCUUGCAAAAAGCCUACAACUUUCUCAAUUGUGUGACGAGGUAACUUGGUCGGGAGGUGCCUUAUCAGCUGCCUCUCCUGCCACUCAUGUUACGAAUGGAGGAUCUGGUGUACAUCAGGAAGGGACCCAGAUGAACCAAGCGAGACUGACAGUGCCCUCCGAUGAGGGUACGAGCACUAACCGGGCAGAAGUGUCGCCAAAUGCAAAUAAAGCCAAUGGGAAUACGAAUACAACUAUUUCUAGCAACGCUGCUUCUUCUUCCCGAAAUGUAUCUGGUCCAAGUGUCGAGGUACCACCUGCUCCAAAUAACUACUCUCAACCAACCAUGGCUGAAGAAGAUGUCGAAAGAAAUACUAAUACUGUGAAUCAGCCCGAGGGACGUAGAGGUGGAAUGCGGGGUCCAAUACCUUUAGGUGCUCCUGCUGUUGCAAGACGUACGGAGGCUCCAACCAGCGAUGGAAAUAGAAGUUCUUCUCCCCCGCCUUUGAGGAUGCGAGCUAUACGAGGUCCUCCUGGCGUUUUUGAUUUUCCACCUCCGUUCCAAUUUUUGACUGAUGCUGAGAGGAGAAGAACGGCAAUUCGGGAGGUGUUCGCAAUGAUGAGCGGCAUUCCUUACAUUUCCAAUAGUGACCAUGAAGAAGAUGAGGAGGAUUAUCGUCCAGAGAUGCGUCUUGAUGUUGACGACAUGAACUAUGAGGAGCUUCUUGAACUUGAAGCUCAGAUUAGAUACAUCAAUAAUGGGUUAGCCGAGUCCAUAAUCCUCGAAAAUCUGGAUUUGAGGAUAUAUCACUCUACUUCACCUGAAUCUGAAAUAUGUUGUAUCUGUCAGGACGACUAUGAGGAAGAAAAUAAAAUUGGGAAAUUGGACUGCGGCCAUGAGUUUCAUUCCAGCUGCGUCACAACGUGGCUGAUGAUGAAUAAUACCUGCCCUAUCUGCAAGAGGAAGGGUUUGGACGUGGCUGAUCACUAA